AUGACUUUGCCCCUGUCGGGGUUCGGUCCCCUACCCACCUUAUCGUGCACCGGCGGCCAAUGUUCUCGAGGUUCCUGUUCUCCCCUACUGCUCCUUCCUGCUAUCGGCGAUCUAAACCCUAGCCUUCCAAUCGAGAGGCUCCCAAGUUUUCUCAAGGGCUUAUGGGUGCCGCGCAUUCUUCGAGCUCCUCUACCUCGGACGGGAGUAGCGUUGGGAGUCCCGUGGUCUUGAACGUUUAUGAUCUCACCCCGAUGAACAAUUACAUGGUUUGGUUUGGUAUUGGAAUCUUCCAUUCGGGAAUUGAAGUACAUGGUUUGGAGUAUGGGUUUGGAGCCCAUGAUUACCCAACAAGUGGAGUGUUUGAGGUGGAACCAAGGAGCUGCCCAGGUUUUGUCUACAGAUGCUCGAUUCUACUGGGUCAUGUAAACAUGAGUCUCCCGGAAUUUCGGGCAUUCCUGGAAGAUAUUGCUGAAGAUUACCAUGGUGAUACUUAUCAAGUCAUCUCCAAAAACUGCAAUCACUUUACAGAUGAUAUUUGCUUGAGAUUGACGGGAAGACCAAUUCCUGGAUGGGUUAACCGGCUUGCACAUCUUGGUAAGGACAUGUUUACCCAUAAAUGUGUGUCAUGUGCAGUUGUCUACUCCCUGAAAGCUUCCGACAACCAGCAGUUAAACAGCUACAUGAGUACCGUAGUUUGUCGGAAGACGGUCCUGGAUCAUUUUGGACGAUCGCAUCCCAUGAUCCAGCAGAAAGUGAUGACAUAGAUCAAGAAAAGGAACUUCUCUCAACACCUUCUGCCGCAGAGCUGGCUUUUACAAAGGUUGUUCAAAGGUGAUAUACAACAUUCACCAGCUCUCUGAAACCAGCAGCGGUCACCAUAUUCUUCAGUGUGAAUGCGUGAUACUUUUGUACCAAUAUUGACCAAGCUUUCUGAGGUCAAAUAUAUACGGAAAGUGAUGUUUAUUUUAUUCAAUUGUAGCUUCCACUCAUGUUUCUGUUUUUUUUUUUUUUUUUGUUCGCCCCCCUUGUGGGGGUGCAUGUGUUUCCAGAGUCAUUUUUAAACGUCAUGCAUUAUGUUGAUGGAGAGAUGCAACUUUGUCCCUGUUCGCGUA